UAACAAAAUAUAAAAAUUUACAAUAUGAAAAAUAUAAAAAUUAUAAAAUAUUAAUUGUCCGAAUGUUUUUAUUUAUUCUCCAUCAUUUAUAUUUAAUAAAUAAAAAAAGAAUGAAAACAUAAGAAAAUAGUACGAGAAAGAGAAAUUACAUCGUUUAAGAUUACUGUUGUUGUAAAUAAAGUUUAGCGGAGGCUUAUAAUAUAUCUUUUCGACAUGGUGGUUGAACGCUUUGACACAAAUAUCUCUAAAUCUGAACGUAAUUUACUAAACUUUUAAUUACAAUAGUAACUCGAAAAGUAAAUAGGGUCCAUGAAAUUUAUUUUACGUAUAAUAUAUAGACACAUAAUCUGUGAUCUCAAUAAGUCAAAUAAAAAAAUUAGUCCUGACAAAAUUCAUCUUACUUAUAAAGUGUAAAAUUUAAAACGUUGAUGCAGAGAUAAGUACAGAGCCGUGAGCGGGAUAAAUACAGUCGAUCUUAUGUAAUAGAAACUUUAAAAAGCGUUUUUGAACGUGUUCAAUUUCGUCAGAGUAUUUGACAAAGUAUGGAUUCUAGAUUUUAUCGGAGUAUUCAACUUUGAAGCAAAGAAGUGAGUUCAACCAAGUAAGGAUAAUACUAAGAUGAUUGAAAUAUUUGAUGUUAAGUAUUAAAAACCUAAAGACUUCGAUGCACCGGCAAUUAUUUUGCUAUAGUGUUCAUAAAGGUUAAAAUUUAUGUCAAAAGUAACACCUAAGUCGCAAGUAGAAAAUACUUCUUGUAGUGUAAUAUUGUUUAUAGUGUAUUCAAACAAUACCGGAAACUCUUAAGAAUUAAUUAUUUGAAAGAUUUUUACAUCAUCAUCAUCAAAGAUUAGAAAUUAGAAUGAAAGAUAACACUCUGUUACAUACAUUAGCGACAUUUUUUGCAGGUUGUCACAAAUUGUUUAACUCCCCUACCCCCUUGAAGUCUGACGUAAUAUAUGGACGACCUCUAAUUUCCGAUAUUUUUAAUGUAAAUUGAUAUAGUGAUGAACCAAAUGUAGAGCCCUGUGUAACGCCGCUAGUUGAAGUAAUGGGUUUGGAUUCGAUAUUACUAGUUGCGAUACGAUGUUUUCUCUCCAAUAAAUAAUUGAUUGAUAAUGUUUUUAAGUAAGGUUAAAUGUUUAUUGUGUUAAGUAAUGUCUGUGUAUGUUACACCAACUUGGAAACCUCUCUAAAAUGUAAAGAUUACGAAAUGUAUAAAGCUUUAUAGACUUCUUUCUUACACAAUCACCUUGCUCAUCUGCGACACAGGAGAAGAGACAAUUUGCGGUUAAUUUCGCUCACCGAUUUAUUUUUUUUAAAUUAGAUUCAAACUAGCAUUAAGAUUUUUUCUAUAAAAAAUGGCUUUUUUCAAAUGGUGUACUGUUCUCUCAAAUUUUGUCAGGUUAUUGUGCAAAAUGGUAAAAAAAUUUUUGCCGCUUGAUUCGCAAAAAUUAAAAAGGACAAUAUAAUGAAUUUGACAAAUAAAUUUUUAUUAUAAUAAACAUAUAAUGUUAAUACAUAAAAUUUGACUGCACUAUUAACCCCUUGGCAGUCGAUGACAUGUAUACACGUCAUGGUGCAGGUGGGCUCAAACUGUCGAUGACGUGUUGUAACGUGGCGUUACAAAUUCUCCCGCAUCUGCUGCGAAUCGGGCGAUUGAACCUGGAAACGGCCGAAGGGCCUCGAGGGUGUCAAUCGCCAGAUUCGCGGACAGACGCGACACUUGUUACUGAGACUCGUUUCUUGACAGCUGUGUCGUUUCCCUUCUACUCGCCUUGAUUGUCGGUCUAGUGGUGAAUUGUGAUUAAACUCUACGAACAUCGAAAAAAUGGCAGCAUACGUCAAAACGUGGGAAGAGUACGCCAGGGAGGAAAUCCGGCUUACAAAUUGGCAACGAAAACAUGAAUUAGAGAAAAAUUAGAAAGAGAAAUAAUAUGGAAGAAAAAUUACUAAGUGUCAAAAAACUGACACUUGAAGAAUUACGAACCUCAUUAACAGCAAUAAACUAUGAAAUAAUAGACGAAGAAAAUUCCUCAGACGAUUCCUCAGAAGACUCAUCAAACGACUCGGAAAAUUUAAGCCAAGCCACAAUCCUUGAACAAAUGAUCGAAAAAAAGGUCGAGAAAAAUAUAAAAGAAAACAUCAACGAAGAUGUAGAGGAAAAUGUAGACGAAAUGGUCGAAGAAAAUUUCGAGGAAACCAUCGAGAACAACAUAGAAGAAAAUGUGGAGGAAAAUGUAAACGAAAUGGUCGAAGAAAACUUCGAGGAAAACAUCGAGAACAGCAUAGAAGAAAAUGUGAAGGAAAAUAUAGACGAAAUAGUCGAAGAAAAUUUCGAGGAAAACAUCGAGAACAACAUAGAAGAAAAUGUGGAGGAAAAUAUAAACGAAAUUGUCGAAGAAAAUUUCGAGAAGAACAAUGGAAAAUAAGGAAAUUUGGCUAUGAAGAUUUUGUAGGAGAAAAGUAUGGAAAUCCCACUACAUUCUACACGACGAAUUCUGCGAGAAAAUAAACCUUAAGGCGAGAGCAGGUUAUUGUGAACCAUCAGCGAACGAGAGAAAAUACGUACGAGCCAAUUGGGACAAACGACGAGAGGAACUUCAGGAAUUUUUGGAGAAUAGUCUAGUAGAAAAUUCAAAAAAAAUAGCGAAAAUUACUAAAAAAACAUAGAAUUUAUAGUCUCGAUACCAACUACGACGAAUUGUCAGAAAAUCAAAUAAAAUUUUAGUUCGCUUGUUGUAAGGGGUUACACUUCGUCCUGUUUAGGGGAAGGGGGGUGUAACGUGGCGUUACAAAUUCUCGCGCGCCUGCUGCGAAUCGGGCGAUUGAACCCGGAAACGGCCGAAGGGCCUCGAGGGUGUCAAUCGCCAGAUUCGCGGACAGACGCGACACUUGUUACUGAGACUCGUUUCUUGACAGCUGUGUCGUUUCCCUUCUACUCGCCUUGAUUGUCGGUCUAGUGGUGAAUUGUGAUUAAACUCUACGAACAUCGAAGUAAGUCAGAUAAAUAUCAUUUUAUAGUA